UUUUGAAUCUGAGAAUCUGAAUGGAUUGGCUGGGUAGGUAGGUAGGUAGGGGCUUUGCCGAUCGAUUUGACCGAAGCCGAUCUACUACCUAUCUAGCUGAGCGGAGGGGGACUUGUGCGCCAAAAACCUGGGAUUGGAUGGGCGUCAGGUGUCUUUGCCUGGGAAACUCUGACGUAUCCGCCCAUUGCCGCCCAUCUCCAUCGGCCACCCGACAUGGCCACGCGAACGCGAAGAUCCAGCUUAAUGCCCGCCCCUCCCCGAUCCAGUUGGAUCCAGCCUCAGGCCAAGGCGCUCAAAACCAAGGUGGAACGACGAACCCAGAUGGCACCUGAGUUUGGGCCUAGUCAGGAGUUCGAUUUCGAUGCGCCUGUGAUGAGUCCGGCCGGACCUAUGACUCGGUCUCGUCGCUCAUCUAUUUACGGGCUACGCGGCAAUUCAACCGUCCGCCCGUCUCAAAAGAGAAGUUCGGCGACCUCCAGUAAAGCCAUGGACUCCAUUACCGCGGCCAAACCCUUAGAUUCGGGCAAAUCCCGAGCCCGAAGAUCUAGUGUAGCACCUUCGAAUCGGUCAAAAGAAACUCCAGCUCCUUCGUCUUCGAAUGGGUCAUCUGUCACAUCCUCAAAGAUAUCUGCCCCCCGCAAAUCUCCGGUUAACCCUGUCCCAUCUACCUGCCACACUAAUGCUCGAGCUUCAGCCAAGAGUAUCAAAACUGCGAUUUCACGAUCUCCACCGAAGGUUGACGGCCAACACGUCAUGAAAAAGUCGGAUUGCUUUUUGACGAACAAUUCGGUAAACUCAGAUGUUCAAGUCGUCUUAGAGCGUCUCACCGAAACGCCCGAAAUUAAAGAAGCUUUAGACCGUCCUGAAAAUGUUCAAAGACUUGGCGAUCAAAAGUCCAUUGCUGAGCAUGACGAGCUAGCGGUCGGAUCUCCAAUGUCCCGCCGCAAAACUGUGCAAAUUCAGGAAGCGGAUUUCAGCCCUAGAGUCACUCGAUCAAUCAGAAUGAUCAAAAAGACACCUUUCAAGAAACCCAAGUUUGGUCCCGCCUCUUCCAAGUUGUCGCCCAAUUCUAGGGCAAACCUUUGGCCAACUAGACAGAAACACUCCGUUUUCUCUGGUACUCCUCAAUCGAUGAAUCCCGUGGACAUGCUGAAAAGAAAUCUCCAAGACAAGGUGAAACAUCAAAUGGAGGACACCAUUGCUCAAUUACCGAAUAAUACCUCUCCGUAUCUGAUGAUUGAAAAUGAGACUGAAAAUGGCUCACCUGAUUACAAAUUUACCAAGUUGAAUGGGGCUGCUCCAAAAAGUGCCAAGGCUGCUGCCAAGUACCUGACUGCUACCCCCGGCGUCCGUCAAAUUCGACCUCGAGAGGCAUUGUUGCAACUGGAUGGGAACACUCCUCAAACCGGACCUACUAUGACGAGUACGUCCGUGUCGCGAUUGAGCCUUAAAAGAAGUACACCCUUGAAGGUCCGACCUCUGUUGCUUUUUGAGGAUGAGGAUGACGAAGAUACUAUGAAAAACUCUCCAAGCUUGAACGGGUUGAAUCAACCCGAAGAUAUUUCAAUGGAACAAGUUCCCCUUGGAAGCCCUGUUCAAUCUGACUCUCAAAUGAUUACCGGGGAUCUCGCACGAGCGUGCUUGAUCAUGUAAAAUACAUUUUCACCUAUUUUGAA